AGACAAGAGAAAUAUAUAAAAAUAAAAACUUUAAAAGAAAAAGAAAAAAAAAAGAAAAAGAAUAACCCAAACAUCAAAACAAAAACUUGAGCCAAAGCAAGUCAAAAAACAUGGAUUCCAACAAGCAAACAACCUCUGUGGAACAAGAUUCAGAGAUGAAGCAAAAUCUGCCAUCUGACAAGAUGAAGAAGAGAAAAAGAACUUCUAAAGAGCCGAAGGAAGCUAAAUCUAAAGAUAAACAGAUUAUGGCAGACAAACCGAAAAAACAUUCAGGUAAAGGAAAACGAACGAAAAUGUGCGACAUAUACAACGAUGCAGAAGAUCAAUAUAUGUGUUUGGAACGAGCAGCGUUUUUUUUAGAAACUCUAGAUAAAGAAUUACCGAAGUUUGCCAAAUGUAUGCUCCCGUCAAACGUUCUCUACAGUUUUUGGUUGAUUUUACCGAAGAAAUUCUGUCUUAUGCAUUUGCCUGACAACGAUGCGACGAUUAUUCUCGUGGAUGAAUCGGGAAAAGAGUUUAAAACGAAUUAUCUUAAAAUUAGGCAUGGUUUAAGUGCUGGUUGGAGGGGAUUUUCGGUUGCGCAACGGUUACUACAGGGUGACAUUUUGUUUUUUCAUCUUGUUGAACCCUGCAAACUACAGGUGAAUAUAGUAAGAAGAUAUGGGCAAGAAGCGAUAGAAGCGGCUGUUUGUUUGAUGGAAAUGCAUCCUCGUGUUAGAAAAGCAAGGACGUCACAUUACUUUGAGAAAGCAGGAGAAGCUAAGAAAGAAAAGCUUAAGUGUAAAGAAGAACCGAAUGAAGAAGAUGAAGGUGAACUGAAGAACCAAGACCCGUUGAUUUUGCUAACAAAAAAGGGCAAGAGAACGCGUAGAAGCCCGAAGAAGUUUAUAACGAAACUGUCACUAGAUUUUUGUACAACUCAAGGGACCGUUGCAGAAGAUAACGAAACUGAAAGGGUAUCUUCUGCGGAACAUUGUGAAAAUAGCAGUGAUGGCUUGUGCUCAGAAGUUGUUCAAGGGUCCACAUCAGAAAUGACGAAUCAAUCACAACCUGACGAAAUCAGGUGCUACGAUUUGAAUCUGAGCUACCAUGACGGAAAUAUCAACUGUCUUUCAACCGCCGAAAGAAUAUUUCAUUCUCCGACAGUUGAAACAUAAAGACUUGUUGGAAUGGGUUUGGAUUUUGGAACAUCUUUUUGGGAAGUCAAAGUCAAAGUCAAAAUCGAAAUGUAAAAACAAAAGCAAGCUUCUUGGACAAAAGCAAUGAAGAGAAGCCUUUUGCAGGUAAAUGAAGAAGGGUUGACAUUUUUUUGAUGUGAUGAUGAAGAUGAUGAUGAUGAUGAUAUAAUAUUUUUUUGAAAACAUGUAGAAGAGAAUAUAUGUUGUUAUACAUAGGAAGAAUUGACUUGAUCAUAUAGGUAUUACUAGUCGGUUUUCGCAAGAUUCUUUACUAACUUUUGUUUAGAAUAUUAAAGAACAUGCAUGUCUAAAAUCUUGAUUUUGUAAUGUUCAAUGAAGCAUAUUAUUGGAUUUUGUCGA